AUGACAACACAGAAGCACAAAUCAGGCCAAGAAAAGGAUUCAAGUUGUGUAGGAACUAGAAGAGCUGCUAAAAUCCAUGGAAAAGGAAAAGCUACUGCUACCGCCGCCGCUGAUGCCGCCGCUGCUGCCGCCGCUGCUGCUGCUGCUGCUGUGUUUCUUGCUGCUGCCGCUGUCUCCCCCCGAGCUUCCGCCUCCGGAGCCGCUGUUGCUGUCCGUGCUGCUGAUGCUGCUGCUGCUGUCGGCGCUGCUGCUGCUGUCUGCGCUCUGAAGGAGGAAGAGGGAGACGAGGAGGAAGAGGAAGAAGAAGAGUCGGAGGACGAAGGGGAGGAAGAGGAGGAAGAAGAGGAGGAGGAGGAGGAAGAGGAGGAAGAGGUUGAAGAGGGGGAAGAGGAGGAAGAGGGGGAAGAGGAGGAAGAGGGGGAAGAGGAGGAGUCAGAGGGCGAGGAGGACGAACCUGAAGGGGAAGAGGAGGAACCCGAGGGGGAAGAGGAAGACGAAGAGGUAUAG